UAAGGAUUGUUGUCAGGGGAACCCAUGGAAACAUUUCCCAGGGUGCAGAGCGAGCUCUUCCCAUCAUGCAUCAUUUCUCAAGAUGGCGACUUCCAUGGACUGGCAAGAGGCAAGAGAUAAACUAAAGAAGUGGCGAGAGGAAAACACAAGGAACAGCAUUGAGACUGUUGAACUGGGACAGUAUUUGCUGGAAAACUAUCGGAGGAGACUUGGGGAUGAAGUAUGGACUAUAUAUGAACAAGUCUGCAUAGCAGCACUGGAUUGUGGGGACCAGGACCUAGCAACAGAUAUUAUUGAUACAGUGGAGCAUAACUUUCCCAGCAGUAUCAGGGGCAAGAGGUUAGAAGGUCUACAGCUUGAGAGCCUUGGAGAGUAUGAAGCAGCAGAAGAGCACUAUGAAAUACUAUUAAAGGAGGAUCCAGCAAAUGCUAUGGUGAGGAAAAGACUGAUUGCACUUUUGAAAGGGCAGAAUCGAUUGGGUGAAGCUAUCAAGGAAUUAAAUGCAUACCUACAAAAGUUUAUGAGUGAUCAUGAAGCUUGGAUGGAGUUAGCAGAUUUGUAUAUUUCAGAACAAAAUUACAAUAAAGCCAUAUUUUGCUUUGAAGAGCUCAUCAUGUCCAAUCCACACAACCAUUUGUACCAUCAGAAAUAUGCAGAGAUUCAGUACACACAAGGAGGAACAGAAUGUAUGGAGAUUGCUAGAAAGUACUUUGCUCAUGCUGUCAAAUUGAAUGGCAACAACAUGAGGGCUCUCUAUGGCAUGUUUAUGGCUGCUACAAAUAUUGCCUCUUCACCUAAGGCCUCAGGGAAGAUAAAGAAAGACAACAUGAAAUACGCCUCAUGGGCAGCUCAGCAGAUUGCUUAUAAAUACAAGGUUGCACAAGGAAAGGACACUGGGAGCAAAAUGAAACAUUUGGAAACGAUGCUGGACUGUUUACAGAUCGCCCCCGCACCAUAGGAACAUUUUUUGAAACAUUUUGGUACUCCACAGCAAGUUUGACAUGUCAUCUCGGAGACAUUCGACCAAGGUGCUAUACGAGGGAGGAGCCCUUUCUGAGGAGGGUCAAUAUAUCGUGAACUUGUACAUGCAAAAGACACUGUAAGCACAUUCACACUGUGCUCUGCUUGUUUGUUCAUAUGUGAAAGGUACCAUGACCAAGAGGAUGAACAAUGUGGCUGUGCUGAUCGUCUGAAUAGAUCUGAUUAGUAAUAAAGGGAUACGGUAGAAUACCAGAAAGAUGAAAGCAUGUGCAGGCAGAUCAGAUCAGAUCAGGGCAAACCGCAGAUUCCUGGUCCCAUAUGUUAAAGGACCUCACUAGAGUUUUCAGAAGAUUCCUUCAACUCAAGAGCUUGGAUCAGACCGAAUAACGAAGAAUUUCAUGUUUGUUUAUUUUCCUAUAUAUUCUUGGUAAAAUAUGGGACAAUGAAUGACCAAAAUACCUUUGACUUGCCAAGAUGCAUGAAUCCAAGUGCAAGGAUAUUUACGAACAGGGUCUGUUGCAUAAACUUACCACUGAUGGUAACUUUGCCAUCAAUAUUACUACCAUGGCAACAUCAACUACCAUGGCAACAUCAAUCAACAACCAGUCAAAUCACAGUUUCCAUGGAAGUUGCCUUUCAUGGCAAAGUUACCAUCAAUGCUAAGUUUUAUGCAACGGGCCCGAUGUUAUGUCAGAGAAGCUCAUAUUCUGGAAUAUCAAAGAGUUCAAAAGCUAUUUUCAAUUUAUAUAAAAUGCAUUGAACAAGGCUGCACUGCCAGUUUGAUGCUACAAAAUAAGAGCUCAAUAUGUAUACUCCAAUAUGUAGACUCCCUUUGUCUCACUUUCCCUUAUUGAUUUCUACAGUGCAUAAAUUUAAUUGUUCAUAUUAUUAUAAAGUUGUAGAUGUGUUGAAAAUAUUUAAGAUAUAAUUAUAUUGAGUACCGGUACCCUUUGUUAAAAUCAAAGUCAGUCCCUUCCUUGGAAAUGUUCUUUAAUUGAAUUAAGUUGAUCUUGGGUGCAAUAUGAAACCUUGUGUACACAUGGAAGUAAAAUAUCCCUGAAUAAUUAACAAAUGUACUACAGUAUAGCACAGUUAGCACUAUUUCACUUCUUUUGAACUAUUGCACAACGUCAUUGCCAAAUGAUAUAUAUGUAAUUUAUAAGAUAGUUAGAAAAAUAAAAUUAAUACUUACUGAAGUAUUAGAGAAAAAUAUGA